AUGGCGACGGCGUUCUCAACCAAGCAGCCGCUGCGGGUCGCUGCACCUGCAAACAAAUGGCGGCGCCCAGGGUUGCCACUGGUUAAAAUGCAACAUUCGUCCAGCAAGCGAGCUAGUGCUUCCAUUUCAUUGGCAUCCAGUGCAGAGGGUGCGGAGAGAAACGAGCCCGUAGUCAAAAUGUGUGGCAUCACAUCUGCCAGAGAUGCAGAAGUCGCUGCAGAGGCUGGAGCUAAACUUAUUGGGAUGAUUCUUUGGCCUAAGUCCAAACGGUCUGUCCAACUGUCGGAAGCGAAGGAAAUAUCCAGAGUAGCAAAGUCAUAUGGGGCUGAAGCUGUUGGUGUGUUUGUCGAUGAUGACGAAGAGACCAUCUUAAGAGUAUCCGAUUCAUGCGACCUUCAACUUAUUCAGCUUCAUGGAGAUAGUUCUCGAGCACUAGUUCCUGCUCUUGCCAAGAACAAUCGAAUUGUAUAUGUUCUUAAUGCUGACACGGAUGGAAAACUUAUCAAUUCUCCUCCCAAUGAAGAAUAUGGCAUUGACUGGUUUUUGGUGGAUAGUGCAGAGGGUGGAAGCGGCAAAGGAUUCAACUGGGAGAAUUUCCAAAUGCCGUCGGUGAAAAGCAAGAACGGCUGGCUGCUAGCAGGAGGCCUUCAUGCGGACAAUGUUUGUCAAGCCGCUUCCGCUCUAAAACCAAAUGGUGUGGAUGUUAGCAGUGGAAUAUGCUCUCCUGACGGUAUAAGCAAGGACCCGGAGAGAAUAUCAUCCUUCAUGAGAAGCGUACAAUCCUUAAGUUCCUGA